UUCACAUGAUAGCGUAAAGCUUCGAGUCUACAAUCUUGCCUCUCUCGCCUCCUAACGCCCAGCCUUUCCUCUCGCACACACCUAUGUCAAUUAACAACACCAACGAAGACGGUGUUCAGUACAGAAGUCGAGAGAAGGGUUCCGCCACUCCGCGAGUCCCCGGCAUUCCACCGAAAGCUGGAUUGCUGCCUGUCAAGACAGAGACCACGCCGUCCGCAAAGACCUUCAAACUCGUCAAGCGACAAGAAACAAACCAUGAACGAGAAGUCGUCGUCCGGAGGGAAUCGACCCAAAGACCAGAUCUUUGGAGAACAGAGCAUGAACCGCAAGUUCAACCCUCCGCCUACAGAGAGUCAGAACAAUACCCCCGCAGCCGGUACGAACUACCCUGCGAAGGAGCAUAACGCCGCCGAGCAGCGCAUCACAGAGUGGCAGACCAAGCAAACUGUCCGGGUCUUAGCGGAUGUCGAAAAGACCAAGAUCCGCACCCUGUUUCGUCUGCCGGUCCAACAGCUCUUUCCGUGUCUCUCGGCCAUCUAUUCGACCAAAGUGUCCAACCCAACAGACAUCAGCACUAUGGGGAAGCGGCUACGAGGCGAUGCGCCUCGUGGGUACGCCACCAUGGGUGAAUUCAAGCAAGACCUUGAGCUGAUGGUUCAGAGCUCGGUCACAUUCAGCGGCGAGCACCACGAUACGACGGCCAUGGCGAGGGCCUGCCGGGAUCGAAUCCUUAUGCGCAUGGCCGUGCACCCAGGCGAACCAACAACGAUCAGAUCAGAACAAUGGCCAAACGACCGGCCGGAGACCAAGGUCGGGUCAUUGAUCCCAAACGCCAAAAGAUGGAGACUACUUUCUCCGACGCGACUCGAGAUUUCACCCAGAAGAUCGACAAGCUGCUUGGGGAUGCGAUGACGGGAAUGGAGUCUGUCUCGGGAGUGAAGGCGGACUUAAUGCGGGAGCUGGAGGGAUGGAAGCAAGAAAACAAUGGAAGAGUUGAAGGCAAAACUUUAGGAGGAGGUGAGGAGGUGACGAGAUAUCUAGGAAGGGGCUUGAAGGAGAAGUGGAAGGACGAGCUCAAGGAGCACUCACGAAGGAGAUUGAGGCGGAUCUGAGGGGAUGGCAGAAGACCGUCGAACUG